AUGGGUACAUGUGCUUCAAUGGAACAAGAAAUUGUCUGCAAUAGUCUACUUGUCUCUCAUCUGAGCCCGCCACGUCACACACUAACUGACUACCCGAAUUAUCGUAAUGUUAAUUUGAAGCAACGCAUUAUGUCGGACGGUUCUCGACGUUGUGUGGACGUGAAUGACAUGAAAUUAACAGAUCAGGAUAUGCAGAUUGUAGUUCAAUGGGGAAUGAUACAUAAAAAAUGUAAAUCGCUUGCAGUAGGAGGUAACAGGAUAACAUCACAGGGUGUGUGGGUCAUCGCCAAUGCAUUAUGUAUUAAUACAACAUUAAAACAUCUUACUCUACAUUGUAAUCAUAUAUGUGACACGGGCACUCAAUAUCUGGCACAAACUCUCACACUUCACAACUCGACUCUCACAGGUCUUGCCCUUCAUAUAAAUGAUAUUACCGACGUCGGUGCUGGGCUUAUAGCUGGAGCGAUUAGAGUAAACCGAACUCUAGUUUAUGUGGAUUUAUCAAGAAAUCGGAUUGGCGAUCAAGGAGCGAUACAGUUGGUUAGUGCAAUUAUUCAAUAUGGUGACAAAUUCGAACGGUUAAUGCUUCAUACAAAUCAACUGAUAACUGAUGUGAGUGUUCCGACUAUUGUUCGCAUGCUUGAAAUGAAACGACCUUUGGAGACGUUUUGGGUGAAUAAAUGCAGUAUUUCGGAUGUGGGACGUGCAAAAAUUUGGCAAGCAGGAGAAACAAGAAAGAAAUUUUACCACAAUGAGUAA